CAAUCAGAGCAGCUGGCGGGUCUCUGAGUCUCUGACUUGUUGUUGUUGUUGUUGUUGCUUCUCUUCUGUCACUCUUUUAUAAACAUUAUAACUAUUAACUGUGUAGAAUAACAACUUUAACAACAUGUCCUCGUUUGUGACCGAAGUGCUCGCCAGCUCUGGUAAACUGGAGAAAGAAGAUCUGUCCUCUAAAAUCAGCAAAAUGUCCCGAAAGGUGGAAGAUACGAAGGAAGAAAUAUGCGACAUGAUGAACAAGCGGUAUAGUGACUUCCUCCCGAGUCUUGAAGGAUCUGAGGAGCUAAUGGUGCAGGUUGACGAGGUCUCCAAAGAAAUGGAUGUCCUUACAAACUGCAUCGAGACAGAGGUGCAGCAGAAUAUCCACGUGGCGGUGGCUGAAUAUGCAGAGCUGAAGCAGAAGCUAGAGAAAAAUACCAUCGUCAUAACAAUGCUUGGACACCUAAAAGAGUUUCACGGUGCUAUGGAGGACUCCAACAGAGCUUUGCUGGACAAGAAGUAUGUUGAUGCAGCCAACCAGCUGGAGAGGGCGAGGGCCAGCGUGUAUUCACUGAAGGGCUGGAAGAUUUCCCAGCUGCCGCUGCUCAGCGCUCUCAGCUCCGAGUUGACGGUGCAGAGAGAAAACUUAAUUUACCACCUGGGAGAUGAAUGGAAGCGCCUCGUCGUCUGCAGAUUACCGCCCUCAAAGGAGCCUGCAGGUCUGAAGUCCUUCCUGAAAGUGGAGCUGAAGCUGAGCCACGCGUGCAGUAAGGACGGUGAAGAGAAACCACCUGCUCUGCUGCGCUGCGUCCUGCAAGCUCUGGCCAUCCAGGGAGACCUUCAGCACAAGAUCAAACUCUUCAGUCAGGUGCUGUUGAAGCACAUGUUGAAGCCGUUGGUGAUGUACCCGUCGCUGUCGGUGAGGGUGACGGAGCAGCCGGGCGAGGGAACCGUACUGGCCUUACAGAGUUUGGAGGAGAGCCACGAGGAGAGAUCCACUCCUUCACAAGUCUUCAGCAAACUGCUCCUGGUGCUCAGGACGCUGCACUCUCACCUGCUAGAUGUGUCCAUCAGCGAUAAAAAGCUUUCUGCUAUCUUUGGGGAGCUGAUUUGGGAGGAAAUUUCCCAGUGCAUCAUCCACGAGUGUCUGCUCUACUCCAUCCCCACCAACAGCAGCCAGCUGGAGAAAUACAACACUGUGAUCAAGGAAACGGAGGAGUUUGAGAAGUCCCUGAAGGAGAUGGAGUUUCUGCACGGCGACUCCACAGAGCUGCUCAAAUACGCCAGAGACGUCAACUGUCACUUCGCCAGCAAGAAGUGCAAAGAUGUCAUCGUGGCGGCGCGCAAACUCAUGACCUCCAAGAUGCACAACACCGUCAAAAUCACACCCGACUACAAGCUGCGUCUUCCCAAGCUGCCGGCUCCGGCUUCAGAGCUGAAGGUGAAGCACGAAACCACGAAGGACGAGAUGACGAUGGAGAACGCGAAGCAGCUGUCUGCGUGGAGUCUGUGUCUGCCGGCGUGUCGCAUCAGCGAGUCGGUGCAGCAGCUGAUGGAGCUGGCACUCAACACGCUGUGUGAAGCCGUCGGAAGCUCCACACAAUGUGCAUUACAGCUCUUCUUCACUGUGAGAAACAUCUUCCAGCUGUUCUACGACGUCGUCCCAACGUACCACAAGGAGAACCUGCUCAAGUUCCCUCACCUGGCUGCCAUCCAGCACAACAACUGCAUGUACCUGGCUCACCACCUGCUCACCCUGGGCCACCACGUCAGAGCUCACCUGCCGCAGCCGCUCAGCGUGGGCGUGGCGACGUUCGUUGACAUGGUGCCCGUUUUCAGGAAACUUGGUGCUCAGUGCUUCUUGGCUCAAAUGAGCGUCCAGAGAGCUGAGCUGCUGGAGAGACUUUCCACCGCUCACAACUUCAGCAACCUGGAUUACGAAGACAACUACAUCGCAGCCAGCAAAGCAGUAAGACAGGUCAUCCAUCAGUUGAAGCAGCUGGGCACGGUGUGGCAGGAUGUGCUACCAGUCAGUAACUAUUGCAAAGCCAUGGGCAACCUCCUCAACACGGCCAUCACGGAGGUCAUCGCCAAAAUCAUGAUGCUGGAGGAUAUUUCCUCUGAGGACGGAGAGCACCUCCACACUCUGUGCCAAACCCUCAUCGAGGAAGGUCCGCUGGUCUUCAUCCCUCUGGCCGAGGAAAACAAGAACAGGAAGUAUCAGGAGGAAGUGCCUCUCUACGUGAGGAAGUGGAGCACCUUCAAGGAGCUGGUCAUGGUGCUGCGGGCCAACCUGCAGGAGAUAGUCGACAGGUGGGCUGACGGUAAAGGUCCGCUGGCGUUGGAGUUCUCCAGUUCGGAGGUGAAGAAUCUGAUCCGAGCCUUGUUUCAGAACACGGAGAGGAGAGCUGUAGCGCUGACCAAAAUCAAAUAGAUACUCUGAGAGCAAAAAGAAAGAUACUAAAGCACUUUUUCCUCCUGAGGAAAAUAACUGACCCACGCCUUUAUUCAUUUCCAUUGUGUGUUGCAUUACAUAUAUGCAUUAACAUGUGUGUGUAACAGUUUGUCACUGAGACGUAGUUGCCCUGUCUGAUGGUGGAGCUAUAAGCUGGUUGUAAUCAAUCUGUGUUCCUUCUCAGCAUCCAGACUGCAAUCAGUCGUGCAGAGAUUACACAAAGGCUUCUUUACAUCGGCAGCCUCGGUCAUAUAGCUUCGGGGAGGUUGUGUAACCGGCGGUCCGCCAUCUGUUGACAUGUGAGGGUUAACUUUGCUGCAAUCUAACUUCAUCUGUAGCUCGUCUCAGCGGUACUUUUCUGUACUGAUGUCAUUUCAGGAGAGUUUGUUUGAACUUUAACGCCUCUUAACAACCAUUUAGUUCUGACAAAGAUGCAUCUCAAGCCAUCAAACUGAACUCUUCUAUUAUGUAUUUAUUACUUGUCCAAAUAAACCAAAAGACUUUGCA